AUGAACUUAAUCAUGAUUAUUACACUUAUUACUCUUGUCCUCUCCAUAAUCCUGGCAACAGUAUCAUUUUGACUCCCCCAAAUAAGCCCCGAUGCAGAGAAACUCUCCCCCUAUGAGUGCGGCUUCGACCCCCUAGGCUCUGCACGCCUACCCUUCUCCCUACGCUUCUUUCUAGUCGCCAUCCUAUUCUUGCUAUUUGACCUAGAGAUUGCCCUCCUCCUCCCCCUUCCGUGGGGCAAUCAACUACUAAACCCUACCUACACCCUUCUAUGAGCUGCAACCAUUUUGAUCCUGCUCACCCUAGGCCUAAUUUAUGAGUGAGUACAAGGCGGCCUAGAAUGGGCCGAAU